AUGGAUCAGGAAUGCUUACUCGAGAGCAGGUCAAAUUACAGCGCGUCGCUGACUUCAAGUGUCGUCGACUAUCCUGUCGAAUAUGGCCGUCGGUAUCAUGCGUUCCGCCCCGGGACAUACGCGUUUCCAAAUGAUGAUUAUGAAAUGGAUCGACUAGAUCUAGCUCAUGCCAUGAUUGUCAAAACCAUUGGCAACAGACUUUAUCUUGCACCGCUGCAAAAGGAGAGAAUCCACAAGAUGCUCGACAUUGGAACAGGGACGGGAAUCUGGGCAGUGGAGAUGGGUGAUAUUUUCCAGAACGCAGAGGUUACUGGGAACGACUUGAGUCCGAUUCAACCAGAAUGGGUUCCCCCCAACGUGAAGUUUGAGGUGGAUGACGUGGAGAGCGAUUGGGUCACGAACAGAAAAUACGAUUUCAUCAUGUGUCGGUACAUGGCUGCGUCCAUCGCCGACUGGCCCAGGCUAGUCAAGAACAUCUACGACCACUUAAAUCCAGGGGGCUUCGCUGAGUUCCAAGAGAUGGACACCGAAUUCUACUCAGAUGACAGCACAUACACUACCGAACAUGCUACUUGGAAGUGGAACCAGGCAUUCGCCAACGCCUGCAGAAGCAUGGGUCGGGACCCUUCCCCAGCGGCUAAAAUUGAAGGGAUGGUGAAGGAGGUAGGUUUCAAUGGCGUCUACGCCCGCGGGUUCAAGUGUCCUAUAGGUCCGUGGCCAAGGGACCCAUACUACAAAGAUCUUGGAAUCAUGAAUUUGGCGAUCACGUUGGAAGGGCUGGAAGCGUUCACUCUCAAGCUGUUUUGCGAUAUCUUAGGAAGGUCGCGGGUUGAGGUUGAGGUUGAAUUAGCGGCUGUUAGGAAGGAGCUGAAACAGGGGGAUAUGCAUUUGUUGUUCGACAUCUUUGUCGUAUACGGACAAAAACCUGGGUAUGUUCACUAG